ACGCCAGGAUGGGCUUCUCCUCCGAGCUGUGCAGCCCCCAGGGUCACGGGGCAGUGCAGCAGAUGCAGGAGGCCGAGCUUCGCCUGCUGGAGGGCAUGAGGAAGUGGAUGGCCCAGCGGGUCAAGAGUGACCGGGAAUACGCCGGGCUGCUCCACCACAUGGCCCUCCAGGACAGUGGGAGCCAGAGCCGAGGCAUCAGCGCCGAUAGCUUCAUCGGCCAGUCCUGGGCCGAGAUCACCAGCCAGACCGAAGGCUUGAGCCGCUUGCUGCGGCAGCACGCGGAAGACCUGAACUCCGGGCCCCUGAGCAAGCUGAGCCUGCUGAUCCGGGAGCGACAGCAGCUACGAAAGACCUACAGUGAGCAGUGGCAGCAGCUGCAGCAGGAGCUCACCAAGACACACAGCCAGGACAUCGAGAAGCUGAAGAGCCAGUACCGAGCCCUGGCACGGGACAGUGCCCAGGCCAGGCGCAAGUACCAGGAGGCCAGCAAAGACAAAGACCGGGACAAGGCCAAGGACAAGUACGUGCGCAGCCUGUGGAAGCUCUUUGCCCACCACAACCGCUAUGUGCUGGGCGUGCGAGCCGCGCAGCUGCACCACCAGCACCACCACAAGCUCCUGCUGCCUGGCCUGCUCCAGUCACUGCAGGACCUGCAUGAGGAGAUGGCUCGCAUCCUGAAGGACAUCCUGCAGGAAUACCUGGAGAUCAGCAGUUUGGUGCAAGACGAGGUGGUGGCCAUCCACCGGGAGAUGGCCGCAGCUGCUGCCCGCAUCCAGCCCGAGGCGGAGUACCAAGGCUUCCUGCGGCAGUACGGGUCCGCACCAGACGUCCCACCCUGCAUCACCUUUGAUGAGUCACUACUUGAGGAGGGUGAACCGCUGGAGCCUGGGGAGCUGCAGCUGAACGAGCUGACCGUGGAGAGUGUGCAACACACGCUGACCUCAGUGACGGACGAGCUGGCUGUGGCCACCGAGUUGGUGUACACCCGGCAGGAGGUAGUCACUCAACUGCAGCAGGAGCUACAGGACGAUGAACAGAACACCCACCCCAGGGGGCGGGUGCAGCUUCUGGGCAAGAAGCAGGCAUUCCAGGAGGCGCUGCAGGGGCUGCAGGUAGCACUGUGCAGCCAGGCCAAGCUGCAGGCCCAGCAGGAGCUGCUGCAGACCACGCUGGAGCGGCUAGGCCCCGGCGAGCCCCCGCCCGUGCUGUUCCUACAGGAUGACCGCCACUCCACGUCGUCCUCGGAGCCGGAGCGAGAUGGGGGAAGGACGCCCACGCUGGAGAUCCUGAAGAGCCACAUCUCAGGAAUCUUCCGCCCCAAAUUCUCGCUCCCCCCACCACUGCAGCUUGUGCCUGAGGUGCAGAAGCCCCUGCACGAGCAGCUGUGGUACCACGGGGCCAUCCCGCGGGCGGAGGUGGCCGAGCUGCUGAUGCGCUCCGGGGACUUCCUGGUACGCGAGAGCCAGGGCAAGCAGGAAUGCGUGCUGUCGGUGCUGUGGGAUGGUCUGCCCCGGCACUUCAUCAUCCAGUCCUCGGACAACCUGUUCCGACUAGAAGGGGAAGGCUUUCCCAGUAUCCCCUUGCUCAUCGACCACCUGCUGUCCUCCCAGCAGCCCCUCACCAAGAAGAGUGGGGUCAUCCUGCACAGGGCCGUGCCCAAGGACAAGUGGGCGCUGAACCACGAGGAUCUGGUGCUGGGCGAGCAGAUUGGGCGGGGGAACUUUGGUGAAGUGUUCAGCGGACGCCUGCGAGCCGACAAUACCCUAGUGGCAGUGAAGUCUUGUCGAGAGACACUCCCACCUGACCUCAAGGCCAAGUUCCUGCAGGAAGCCAGGAUCCUGAAGCAAUACAGCCACCCCAACAUCGUGCGCCUCAUUGGUGUCUGUACUCAGAAACAGCCCAUCUACAUCGUCAUGGAGCUUGUGCAGGGGGGCGACUUCCUGACCUUCCUCCGGACAGAGGGAGCCCGCCUGCGGGUGAAGACUCUGCUGCAAAUGGUGGGGGAUGCGGCGGCCGGCAUGGAGUACUUGGAGAGCAAAUGUUGCAUCCACCGGGACCUGGCUGCUCGGAACUGCCUGGUGACAGAGAAGAACGUCCUAAAGAUCAGCGACUUUGGGAUGUCCCGGGAGGAAGCGGAUGGGAUCUACGCAGCCUCGGGGGGCCUCAGACAAGUCCCUGUGAAGUGGACCGCACCUGAGGCCCUUAACUAUGGCCGCUACUCUUCCGAGAGCGAUGUGUGGAGCUUUGGCAUCUUGCUGUGGGAGACCUUUAGCCUGGGGGCCUCCCCCUACCCCAACCUCAGCAACCAGCAGACUCGGGAGUUUGUGGAGAAGGGAGGCCGCCUGCCCUGCCCAGAGCUGUGCCCUGAUGCUGUGUUCAGGCUCAUGGAGCAGUGCUGGGUCUAUGAGCCCGGGCAGCGGCCCAGCUUCAGCGCCAUCUGCCAGGAGCUGCAGAGCAUCCGAAAGAGGCAUCGGUGAGGCUGGGACCCCCUUCUCCAGCCAGGGGCCUGUGCAGGCCAAAGCGUACCUCGUCCACAGCUCCAGCUCACACGUGGGACAGCGCUUCACGGUCCUGGGCUGUAGCCGUCAGCGUCCGUGCUGCCAGCAGGAUGCAACGUGGCCGCUCUGCGUCCCUGCUUCUGCCAGGGCUUCCUCUUCCAGGCAGAAAUAAUAAAACCACUUGUGCCCACUGA